CCAGCUGGGGGGAUGACUCCAUGGGGUGGAAAGAACUGGAGGGGAGCAGCGGGGAAGGGGCUCCCCAUCCCCAUAGGGCCCCACCGCUGACCUGUUCCCGUCUCUCCCCAGCUCCGGGGGGCCCCUGGUCUGGACGUACCCCAGCCCCCUGCCCCGCGCCACCUGUCUGUACAGCACCCAUGCUGCCGAGGCUGUGCUGGAUAAGGCUGGGGCAGGGACGGCUUCCCAGACUGUAUCCCAGAGCAAGUCCCUGCCGGAGGAGUCGAAGUCUUUCGCCAUCGGGAUGUUCCAGGGUCGGAUGAGCACGGAGCAGGUGUUCCCCUACCCCUCAGUGCUGACCGAGGAGCAGGUGCAGUUCCUGAAGGAGCUUGUCGGACCCGUCAGCCGUUUCUUCCAGGAGGUAAAUGACCCGGCGGCGAACGACUCCCUGGAACGGGUGGAGGACCGGACCAUGCAGGGGCUGAAGGAGCUGGGGGCCUUUGGGCUGCAGAUCCCCCCCGAGCUGGGGGGGCUGGGGCUGAGCAACACCCAGUACGCCCGUCUGGUGGAGAUCAUGGGGCUGCACGACCUGGGCGUGGGGAUCACGCUGGGGGCCCAUCAGUCCAUCGGCUUCAAGGGGUUGCUCCUCUACGGGACGCCCCAGCAGAAGGAGAAGUACCUGCCCCGGCUGGCCACAGGAGAGACCAUCGCUGCCUUCUGCCUGACGGAGCCAGCCAGCGGCUCGGACGCCGCCUCCAUCCGCACCACCGCCCGGCCCAGCCCCUGCGGCUCCUACUACACUCUGGAUGGGGGCAAGAUCUGGAUCAGUAACGGGGGGCUGGCCGACCUCUUCACUGUCUUUGCCAAGACCCCUGUGAAAAACGAGGCAACGGGAGAGGUGAAGGAGAAGAUCACGGCCUUCAUCGUGGAGCGAGCGUUCGGGGGGGUCACCCACGGCCCCCCCGAGAAGAAGAUGGGGAUCAAGGCGUCGAACACGGCUGAGGUGCACUUCGAAGGCGUGCGGGUGCCGGUGGAGAACGUGCUGGGGCCGCCGGGCGCCGGGUUCAAGGUGGCCAUGAACAUCCUCAACAACGGGCGGUUCGGCAUGGUGGCUGCGCUGGCUGGGACCAUGCGGGGCGUCAUCGGCAAGGCCGUGGAGCAUGCAGCCAAUCGCACCCAGUUUGGGGACAAAAUCCACAACUUUGGAGCCAUCCAGGAGAAGCUGGCGCGUAUGGCCAUGCUGCAGUAUGUCACUGAGUCCAUGGCGUAUAUGAUCAGCGCGAACAUGGACCAAGGAGCGGCCGAUUUCCACACAGAGGCAGCCAUGAGCAAAAUCUUCGGCUCGGAAGCCGCCUGGACGGUGACGGACGAGUGUAUCCAGAUUAUGGGCGGCAUGGGGUUCAUGAAGGACGCUGGCGUGGAGCGGGUGAUGCGGGAUCUCCGGAUCUUCCGGAUCUUCGAGGGAACCAACGACAUCCUGCGGCUCUUCGUGGCCCUGAACGGCUUCCAGAACGCCGGGAACCAGCUGCGGGGGCUGCAGCGAGCUCUGAAAAGCCCCGUGGGUAACGUGGGGCUGCUGGCCCGGGAGGCUGCCCGGCGUCUUCGCAGGAAAGCCGGAUGGGGCUCUGGGAUCACCCUGAGGGAUGUGUGGCUCAUUCUUCCUCCCCCCGCCGCCAGGGCGUCGCGCUCCCUGGCCCAGGCCCACCCCACCGCCCAGCACGAAAAGCUGCUCUGCGAGACUUGGUGUGAGGAGGCCUAUGAGCGCCUCACGACCACCCUGAGCCCGCUGAGCACGGACGGCGCCCGGCACACCUUCCGGCAGCUACGGGGCAUCUCCCGGGCCGUGGUGGAGAACGGGGGUGUGGUCUCCCCCAACCCCUUGGGCUUCUGACACAGCUCCGGCAGGGGCAGGGGAGACGCGCCUGGGACACUCUGACCCCCAAACUGGCCCCUCCCACUUCCCAGCACACACCUCUGCCCCCUCCCUGAAGCGUCUGGGAAGGGGGGGGCAAUUAGUGGGGUGCUGUACCCCUUUCCUUUCCCCCAAUACGCUCAGCCCUAACAUGCUACCUCUGGGACAUAGCUCUUCUGCUGAGGAAAUGCCUUAAUGUGCCCCUGUUGGAGGAGGGGGGGAAUGUCUGUUUCAAGGCUCCCCGAGGAGGGGGGAAAUGUCCACCCUGGGGAGGUGGAAUGUCUGUUUUGAGGCUCCCCCAUGGAGGGGGUAAAUGUCUGUUUCGUGGCAGCCCCAUGAAGAGAAAUGUGAGUUACAAAGGUCCCCUCUCCCCCCUGGGGAUAGAUCUGAGCUUUAAUCAGCCAUAGCUGCGUUAUGUUCCCCUGAUGGCCGGUUGGUUUUGGGGUGGGGGAGGUGCCAGGCUGGUGGGCGGGGUUGCCCACAAAUCUUGCACCUUUGGGAGAAAGCUGGGCACCCUGACACUGAUGCCCUCCCAGCAGGGGUGCCCCCAGAAAUGGGGCUCCCCCGAUCGCAGCCAGCAUCAGCCCUACCGGGGAGCCUGGCCUGGCCGCUGUUUCCUUGUCAGUAAUAAAUCAAAUAUUUUGGAUGA